GUAUAAUGAACUGAGAGACCUAUGAAUAUGGAACAUUUCUGCUUGAAUCAGAAUGAGCAGAAAACAAAGAUAAACACUGUGAUAUAAAUCAGAUAAUGCUAAGCACGAAUUGGCUAACUCGGCACAUUGCCUAGAGCUUACUUGGAAAACCUGCAUCUGUGUUUGUCCUGUAUGAGAGCUUAACUGUGUUAUUCUCUAUUGGGACAAAAAAAAGCAUUUUAAAGUGAGGUUUUCAGUUAUAAUACAUUUCCGUCGACUACCAUCACAGCCAGCCAUUAUUUUUGGAACAUUGGAACUCAAAUAAUACAUUCUGCGUUUGAAAGCUUUGUAAGAUUUCCUCGGUGAUAGCUGUCUUUCUGUUAUCCACUGUGUCUCUUUCCUGCUCCAUGGACUCAGUACUUACCAGCAACCGUUCCCCCCAAGUAGUAAUCAUCGGAGCUGGCUUUGCAGGACUUGGGGCGGCCACAACCUUGAUGAAAAAUGGAGUGAAUAAUUUGGUCAUCUUGGAAGCCCUACCACGUGCAGGUGGUCGGGUUUUGACACACAAACCUUUUGGAGCUCCUGCCCUGGAACUGGGUGCUACAUGGAUCCAUGGUCAAAAGGACAAUCCACUUUACAAACUAGCCAAAGAGAAGGAUCUGCUGGCAGAUGAAGGAUUUAACAUGGUCACAUGUCAGCCAAUAACUGUCUCAUCCCAGGAUUACUUUUUUACAGAAAAAGGGAAAUUGCUACCGCCCACCCAAGUAGAACCUGUUACUGGAUUUUUUGGACAUUUAAUGUCUAAGAUAAAUCAACAGGAUUUCAAAAUAGACUGUGGUUCAUUAUCGGUGGGCGAAUAUCUAGAUCAAGAGUUUGCCAUUACCAAUCUUUUAGAGACAGAGGACUUAAAGGGUGUGUAUGAAUGGUGCAAGCGUGCCGAGUGUGUGGAUGAAGCUUGUAACUCAAUGUAUGAGUUCUCUCUGAGCCAGCUUAACAUCUAUACUGCUCUAGAAGGACCAUUUUUUAACUGCUUAGGAAGUGGGGGAUACCAAGCACUGCUUAACACUUUAUUGGAUCAAUUGCCUCCCAACUCUCUACGUUGUUGUAAACCAGUUAGAUCCAUACAGUGGGAAGGGUCUCCUCAACUCCCAGCUAACAAUUAUCCAGUUACAGUGCUAUGUGAAGAUGGAGAGCAGUUUGCUGCAGAUCACGUUAUAGUUACAGUCUCUCUGGGAUGCUUAAAAGAACGAGCUUCCACCUUGUUUGUACCUCCACUGCCACAAGGCAAGUUGGAAGCCAUUAGUCGCCUUGGAUUUGGUACUGUGGCUAAGAUCUUCCUUGAAUUCUCUGAGCCCUUUUGGCCAGAUGAUUGUGCAGGAGUACAACUGGUCUGGGAACAGGGCCCAGAAAGCCCAGAGGGAUAUGCUGCUGGAUGCAGAGGAGCUUCCUGGCGCUCAGAAUGGUACAAAAAGAUUGGAGGAUUUGAUUGUGUCCCAAUGCAUCGUAGCACUCUAUGUGGUUGGAUAACUGGGCUUGCUGCUGAACAUAUGGAGAACAUACCUGAGAAGGAGGUCGGGAACACAUGUGUAAGAUUGCUGAAGCAGUUCACAGGUUGGCCAGUGUCAGAGCUGCAGGGAGUGCUGCGCUCCACCUGGCACAGUAAUCCAUACAUCCGAGGCUCUUACACAAAUGUGCCUGUUGGGAUUGAUGCAGUAAAAGAGCAGACUGCAUUACAAGAACCUCUUCCAUCAACUUACCAUAAAAAAAAUAUCCGGCCUCUGCAAGUUCUGUUUGCUGGAGAAGCCACUCACAUAAACUUCUACACAACGACUCAUGGUGCUUACUUGAGUGGGGUCCGAGAAGCAGAAAGGAUUUUGCAGCACUACAGUGCCAGGUCAAGCUCUCGUCUGUAAUACCUUAACAAGUCAUUUAAUAAAGGCAUCAGCAUGGAACACCAA